AAUGCCCUAAGGUGAAUAGUUUUUGAGUGGCUGUAUGGUCUACUAAUAAUAGUAUUUUCACUCUAAAUAUACCAAAAUUUUAUGUUCUGAAUUUGGUAGAUAUUCCAGAUGAAUGUUGGUAUUGGAAAAGAUGAUACAUAUUUAUUUUAAAUUUUACUUGCAACAAGUAAAAAGCUGAUACCCACCUCCAAGAGAAGUCUGUUUCUAAACAGUAACAGAUGUUAAAGAAAUGAAAAGACUCACAUAUAGUCUAUACUUCGGCUGCAAAUGUAAAUCUUUGAAACCAAAUGGAGGAAAUGGUUAACAAGUUCCUUUGUGGUUUAGACGAUUGCAUUUUGUAUAAGUCUCCAGAGUAUGAAUCUCUUGGCUUUGAUCUGACUGUGGAAAGACUGGUUUCCAUUGGUUACCCACAAGAGCUGCUAAACUUUGUCUAUGACCCUGCUUUUCCCACAAGAGGCUUGGUGUUUGAUACGAUGUAUGGAAACCUGCUGAAAGUAGAUGCGUAUGGAAACAUCCUUGUGUGCGCUCAUGGUUUUAACUUCCUGCGUGGUCCAGAGAUAAGAGAGCUGUACCCAAACAAGUUCAUUCAGCGGGGAGAUACAGAGCGAUUCUACAUCCUCAACACACUUUUCAACCUCCCAGAGACAUACCUCUUUGCCUGCCUGGUUGACUUCUUCACUAGUUGCUCCAGAUAUACAAGUUGUGAGAUGGGCUUUAAAGAUGGAGAUCUUUUCAUGUCUUAUAAGAGCAUGUUUCAGGAUGUCAGAGAUGCUGUGGAUUGGGUCCAUUUCAAGGGCUCGCUAAAAGAGAAAACCGUUGAAAAUAUGGAGAAAUAUGUGGUGAAGGAUGCCAAAUUACCGUUGCUUCUAAGCCGAAUGAACGAAGUUGACAAAGUGUUCCUUGUUACCAACAGUGACUACAAGUACACAGAUAAAAUCAUGACAUACUUGUUUGAUUUUCCACAUGGUCCAAAAGCUGGUAUGCCUCAUCGGCCCUGGCAGUCCUACUUUGACGUUAUUGUGGUGGAUGCCAGGAAACCAGUGUUCUUCGGAGAGGGCACAGUCCUGAGACAGGUGGACACGACUACUGGAAGACUGAAGAUCGGAACAUAUACAGGUCCCUUGCAGCAUGGCAUUGUAUAUUCUGGUGGUUCCUCAGACAUAGUUUGUGACCUUCUAGGAGCAAAAGGAAAGGAGAUCUUGUACAUCGGUGACCACAUCUUUGGAGACAUCCUGAAGUCUAAGAAGCGUCAGGGCUGGAGAACGUUCCUGGUGAUUCCUGAGCUGGCUCAGGAGCUGCACGUGUGGACCGACAAGAGCACACUGUUUGAGGAACUCCAGAGUCUGGACAUUUUCCUGGCAGAGCUCUAUAAGCAUUUGGACAGCAGCAGCAAUGAGAGACCUGAUAUCAGCUCACUUCAGAGGAGGAUUAAGAAAGUGACCCAUGACAUGGACAUGUGCUAUGGAAUGAUGGGAAGUCUGUUCCGCAGCGGCUCUCGUCAGACUCUCUUUGCCUCUCAAGUGAUGCGUUAUGCAGACCUAUACGCUGCGUCCUUCAUCAAUCUCCUGUACUACCCUUUCAGCUACCUGUUCAGAGCCGCUCACGUCCUGAUGCCUCAUGAGUCCACCGUGGAGCACACUCACGUGGACAUCAACGACAUAGAGUCGCCCAUGGCCACACGCAACCGCCACUCUAUCGACUUUAGAGACCGUGAGUGCAAGAGACACCAGCUGACCCGCUCCAUAAGCGAAAUCAAUCCUCCACACCUCUUCCCCCUGACGCCACAGGAGAUCACACACUGCCACGAUGAGGAUGACGAUGAGGAGGAAGAGGAAGAGGAGGAAGAAUAAGCCUGUGGCAUUGCUGUUAACUGGAUUCGGGGUUUUUAAGAGAUGUGUCUGCGGUUUAAAUAAGUAUAAUCAUUACAUUCACACUCAGCCAUAUAUUUUCUAGAGAUAUAAGAGAGAUGUUUAUUUCUUGCAAAGGAUAUUACAUAUUUUAGAGUUUAAGGUCUGAUGAGAGUAUGACUCUAGAACUAGGUUUUGAUGGUUCUAGCUUCUUAUUUUUGAAUGAGGUUUCAGAUGGCAUCACUUUAAAAUAUGGAAAUUACAGAAUCAGUUACAAUGAUAUUUGCAUGACAUUGAGAGAACAAAUAACAGUUACUAGGUACAUCAUUGACUUAAGCUUGAGGAAAAUGCAUGAACGCUUAUUUUGUGGCUCCUUGAAGUAUUAACUUGCCUUCAGAAUUUGGAUAAGAGCCAUGCAUAGCAUGCUGGGAAAUGUCACACCAACAAUACAGCUUGCUCGGUAUCUGUCUGGCUGCCUGUUAAGUGCUGUAACAUCGCAGCCAUCUUUUCAAAACUGGACGUAUGCAAAUUGGUGUCAGAUAAUUGGGUGAAAAAUGGAACAUGACAUUUUAUGCAGAGUGAGAUACAGGGUUUGAGGUUACUAGAUACUGAAGUGUAGUAACGGUUUGGGAGAUGACGUCAAAUGAAAUCUCCCUGUAUGCCUUAUGCAGUCGCCAUGAUCACGGUGUUAAUAUUAGACCAUGAUUCUAGAGCUUAGAUUCAUUAUUUACUAUUUUUAUAUCCACUGACAGAAAGUUAGUUCAACAAAUCAUUUUGUUUGCAGUAACUUUGUUCAUUAUUAGUGUAACGGUUUGUUUUUGGCAGUUGGCCGUGAUUAAAGAUUGAGAGC